UUGACAAAACAAAUUAGUAUGGAAAAUCCUCUUCGUUUAACAUCAUUAAAUCACAUCUCAAUUGUGUGUCGAUCAAUUGAUAAAUCUCUUGGAUUUUACCAAAAUGUUCUUGGAUUUUUUCCGAUUAGAAGACCGGGAUCUUUGAAUUUUCCUGGUGCUUGGUUGUUUAACUAUGGUAUUGGCAUACAUUUGCUACAGUCUGAUCAUCCAAAAGCCAUUCCUGAUGUUAAAGUCAUCAAUCCUAAAGACAAUCAUAUCUCCUUCCAAUGUGAGAGCAUGGGAAUGGUAGAAAAGAAGCUAAAGGAAACGGAAAUAAAAUAUGUAAAAAGCAAGGUGGUUGAAGAUGGAAUUAGUGUAAAUCAAUUGUUCUUCCAUGACCCAGAUGGCCUCAUGAUUGAAAUCUGCGACUGUAAUAAUCUUCCUGUCGUCCCUCUUCUACGUCAAUUACCAAUCAAAUACUGUCCACGUCUCAAUUAGCACAUUCAGCAAAUUCUUCUACACCUGUUAAAUGUCUAAUUUUAUUUUUAAUUAUUUUUCUAUUAAUGUCUCAUAAUUUUAUUUAAAUUUUUUUUGUAGUUAUAUUUUAUUUGAGCCGUGUAAAUUUUAAAAAUUUAGUUUAUAUCCA